AUGGGCAAGCUGUGGAACACUGGCGAUGUGUAUGUGAAUAUCGCUGAUUACACCAACUAUGACCGUAUUAAUAACCCGGAAAAGCUCCUCCCGUGGAUGAAGGGAUGGAGAAAGCAAACUGGCAAUACUGAAAGGAUUUGGUUGACUUACGGUGACGCGAGCAAAGCGAACAGCAAGGAUAUGAUCAAGUUCGUUGACACCUUUAGUGAAUUCGUACAAAGUUCCAUAUCGGCAGAAGACAUGCGACAAAUUGCUCCAAUUGGUCUGAGUUUCGAUGCCGAGCGCAUGCAGCCGCAAUAUAUUAAGAGAACUUUACUGAAGGCUCAGCAGAUGAAGAAAGAUGUUACCAAGAGGAUGGGCUAUGCCCCUGGUUCUUUGCUUAUUGAUUUCUCUAUCGAGGGUAGGAAUAACACUCUGGGUACUCAGUACAUCAUGCAGUAUGCCGACCAUGCUACGAUGAUGCUCUAUCGUAACGCUAUUGACGGCGACUAUGCAGAUGAUCUCGUUUAUCGUAUGAAUUAUAUGAUGACAGAGCAGUGUGCUGUGUGUACUCAACCAGGAUGGGAGAACUUGAAGGCCAAGAUCACCAUCAUGUUGGAAGGUUCUUGCACUGUUGGUAAAUACUGUCAUAAGCUUUCUAUGUGUGCUUACGAUGCCUCAGCUUAUUCCAACUACACUGGUGGUAUUGAAUAUGCAUGGGAGUUGCUCAACGAGUUGAAGGUCCGUACGGUUGCUGAUGGUAUUCUCACACAAGAGCAGUUCGAUUUUCUCUUCGACAUCCAUGGUUCGUUGUUUGCUAUUCAUGACUGGGAAUGGGUUAGAUGUUAUUAUGGCGAUCAGUUUUCUCGCGAGAUGGGAUAUUCUAACUGUCUUCAUGAAUACCACACUUCCGCGAACAAGUGCCGAACAGAAUGA